AUGUAGCACAGCUGAGUAACUUCUGUGUGAAAGUGUCCGUCGUAUCGAUAAGUCGAUCCAAUUAUUUAAUAAUUUAAUGUCAAAAUAACUUUUUUAUCAAAUCUAAUUGACAGUGGAUAGAAGAAAUGAAUAAAUAUGCUAUAACUGUGAUUAAUUUAUUAGUGUGUGUGUCUGUGGUUUAUUCAAACGUGAAUUACCCAAAAUUAUUAUCUGGUUAUUCAAAUAAGAACUGGAAUAACCAACGAGUGAGUUAUAAUCAUGCUAAUGCUCAUCCUAAUGCUAAUAAUCAAGAUAAUUAUAAUGUAAAUAAUUAUAAUGAUAAUGGCAAUAAAGAUGUAGAUAGUGCGGGACUUAUGGGCAAGAUCUUUGCUCGGGGAUUUAAAAAAUCACCUAGUGACCUUGUUGAUCUAGGACUCGUCACUUCCAAGAAAAAUCAAGACUUGGAAAAAAAAUUAGGAACAACUCAAAGAACAUUUGUCGAGUGGAUUCAAAAUAUUGUCGGGACUACAACUACUGUUGCAAGUAUCCCUAAAGAGUGUCCAAAAUGCUCAUGUGGAACAUCAAGUACCCCUAACAAAAUAGUAGGAGGUCACGAUGCAGGAAUGGAUCAAUUUCCAUGGAUGGCUUAUCUGACCUACGGCGGAAAAUUUUACUGUGCUGCUUGCAUAAUCAGUGAUAGAUUCCUAUUAACAGCCGCUCAUUGCGUCGACAGGUUUGAUACUUUCAAAAUGAUGGUCCACGUGGGUGAUUUCGAACGAGGAAACAAAACUUCUAAAUCAACUGCAUACAGAGUCGAAAGUGUGAUCAAACACAGCGGGUACUCGUUGCUAAAUUACAACAACGAUAUUGCGCUGAUAAAAAUACUUGGCAGGAUGAAAUUCGAUGGCCCUUUAAAGCCGGUCUGCUUACCAGAGCGCGGGAGCACUUUUGCCGGGCGAAACGCCAGUGUAACUGGCUGGGGCGCUAUUGAAGAAUCCGGAGCUCUGGCUACGAAGUUACAGGAAGUUGUUGUGCCCAUUUUGAGCAACAACGAGUGUCGCGGCACCAAAUAUCCGCCCAAAAGAAUCACGGAUAAUAUGUUGUGUGCGGGAUUUCUUGACGGAGGAAGGGAUUCUUGUCAAGGAGACAGUGGCGGACCGCUUCAUAUUUUGGAAGACAAUACUUACCAUGUUGUAGGAAUUGUGUCCUGGGGUGAAGGGUGCGCUCUUGAAGGGUACCCAGGAGUUUACUCACGAGUUAAUCGAUACAUAACGUGGAUUGAGAGGAGCACAAGGGGAUCUUGUUUCUGCUGAUUUAUAACUAUUACAUCAAUUAAAUGGCCAUCAAUAAUCACAAGUAAUUCACGGCACAGUUUAUUUAUUUUUUAUUUAUUUAUUCACAAGGCACAAAAAAUAG